AUGUCUGCUGUCUCCUCCGCCCACCAGCAAGUCCUCGACCAUCUCGCGUCCGGCGACUUCUACUCUGCGCAUCAGAAGGCCCGCACGUCCGCGACACGUCUUCUUGCACCUCCUCGACGCAACCCGCCGCCCGCCGGAACUGUCCUCCCGUACGACAAGAAGGCGCAGGAGGCUGCCGAGUUGUUGUGGGACGCUGCGAGGAAGCUGCUUGAGAAUGGACAGACGGGCAGUGGGGUCGACCUCGGUGUGAUGCUCGUCGAUGACGUGUGGACCGCGAGGGAGGUCGGCUGCGGCAAGGACGAGCGAGCCAAGCUCAUCCAGCUCAUCGCGUUGACGGGACCUGCCGGAGCGUGGAGGAAGACGCUGACGGACGCCAUCUUUGCAUGGAGCGCAAAGACCGGGUCGGGCGCUGCAGGCGACAUGGAGAUUCAUCAGUACCUGGGAGAGACCUUCUUCAAGGAGGGCGACUACCACCAAGCUUCGCUUCACCUGCUCGUCUGCCCUUCGCAAGAUGCGGCACAGACGCUCGCAAACGUCAUGUUCGAAUGGUCGAAGCUUGAUCCGGAGAAGGAGUGCGGUGUCGGUCGUUACGCUGCGCGCGGGACCUUGAGCUACCUCGAGUCGUCCUUCAUCCUCGCCGCCCGCACCUUCCUCUCGCACUUCCUCGCCCUCGUCCUUGCCGCUUACCCAACCCUCCGCGUCGUCUCCUUCCCCUACCCUCCUCCCUCCUCUCCGCUCGCCACCUCGACCUCCGCUCCUCCGUCCGGCGACGAGAUCGUCGUCACGAAACUCGCCUCGCUCAACUUCCUCCAGCUCGUCAUUCGCGACGUCCAGGCUGGCGUCGGCGAGGCGGUCGAGAAAGUCAAGGUCGGGAACGAGUGGAGGGCGCAGAGAGGUGCUGGAACAAAGGUGUGGCAGAGCUUGGUCGGGAAGUACGAGAGGCAGGUCCCGUGGAUGCGGGCGCCGGAGGUGAGGGAGGGCCUCACUGCGCUCGGUGAGAUCCAUUUUGGGCUCAAGCCGCAGCGCGCGGGCAACCCGCUGAUGGACAUGAUGGCCUCGAUGUUUGGCGGAGGGGGCAUGGGCGGGCGGUAG